CACAUGGAGGGGGCUACUGCGCCCGCGGCGGGGGAUGGUCCCGACUUGGGGUCGGGGGCUCUGGGCUCACCCCCGGCGGGGGCAGAAGGGGCAACCUCAGUUCCUGUGGUGGCGGCGGCGGCGGCAUCAGCCCCAGAGCCCAGGAAGCCACACGGGGUGAAGCGACAUCACCACAAACACAACUUGAAGCACCGCUAUGAACUGCAGGAGACCCUGGGCAAAGGCACCUAUGGCAAAGUCAAGCGAGCCACCGAGAGGUUUUCGGGCCGAGUGGUCGCUAUAAAAUCCAUUCGUAAGGACAAAAUUAAGGACGAACAGGACAUGGUUCACAUCAGAAGAGAGAUAGAGAUCAUGUCAUCCCUCAACCAUCCUCACAUCAUCACUAUCUAUGAAGUGUUUGAAAACAAAGAUAAGAUUGUGAUCAUCAUGGAGUAUGCAAGCAAGGGGGAGCUGUAUGAUUACAUCAGUGAGCGGAGACGCCUCAGUGAGAGGGAGACCAGACACUUCUUCCGACAGAUCGUCUCUGCUGUGCACUUUUGUCACAAGAACGGCGUGGUCCACCGGGACUUGAAGCUGGAAAACAUACUGCUCGAUGACAACUGCAACAUUAAGAUUGCUGACUUUGGGCUCUCCAACCUGUAUCAGAAGGACAAGUUCUUGCAAACGUUUUGCGGCAGCCCUCUCUACGCAUCUCCUGAAAUUGUCAAUGGGAGGCCUUACCGAGGGCCAGAGGUGGACAGCUGGGCCCUGGGUGUGUUACUUUAUACUCUCGUCUAUGGAACAAUGCCCUUUGAUGGUUUCGAUCACAAAAACCUCAUUCGACAGAUCAGCAGUGGAGAAUACCGGGAGCCUACACAACCCUCAGAUGCUCGAGGGCUCAUUCGGUGGAUGCUAAUGGUGAACCCUGACCGCCGGGCCACCAUUGAGGACAUCGCCAACCACUGGUGGGUUAACUGGGGCUACAAGAGCAGCGUCUGCGACUGUGAUGCCCUUCACGACUCUGAGUCCCCUCUCUUGGCUCGGAUUAUCGACUGGCACCAUCGUUCCACCGGGCUGCAGGCUGAAGCUGAGGCCAAAAUGAAGGGCCUGGCCAAACCUGGUGCCUCUGAUGUCACGCUGGAGCGACAGCGGUCUCUGAAGAAGUCCAAGAAAGAGACCGACUUUGCCCAGUCUGCCCAGGACACAGUGCCUGAAAGCCCACCCAAGUUAAGUUCCAAGAGGCCCAAGGGGAUCUUGAAGAAGCGAAGCAACAGCGAACAUCGGUCCCAUAGCACUGGCUUCAUCGAAGGGGUGGUGAGUCCCGCCCUACCCUCUGCUUUUAAGAUGGAGCAGGACUUGUGCCGGACAAGCCUGCCCCUCCCCAGUUCCCCUGAGGCCCAGGUGCCUGUUAAACUCAGCCCCAAGCAGUCGGCCACCAUGCCCAAGAAAGGGAUCUUGAAAAAGACUCAGCAGAGAGAGUCUGGUUACUACUCCUCCCCAGAGCGGAGCGAGUCUUCAGAGCUGUUGGACAGUAACGAUGGGAUGGGCAGCAGCAUCCCCUCCCCCAGCCCCCCAGAUCCAGUCAGAGUGGGUACCCACAGCCUCUCCUGCCGGAGGAAGGGCAUCUUGAAACACAACAGCAAAUACUCAGCAGGCACGCUGAACCCGGCCCUCAUCAGCCCCGAAAUGCCUACACUGGAAUGCAUGGCAGAGCCUGGUGUCCCCACAGACGGCCUCUCGCGGAGCUACAGCCGGCCUUCCAGCGUCAUCAGCGACGACAGUGUCCUGUCCAGCGACUCUUUCGACUUGCUGGAUCUGCAGGAAAAUCGUCCCACCCGCCAGCGCAUUCGCAGCUGCGUCUCUGCUGAAAACUUCCUCCAGAUCCAGGACUUUGAGGGGCUCCAGAAUCGGCCCCGACCCCAGUACCUGAAACGGUACCGGAACCGGAUGGGAGACAGCAGCUUCUCCCUCCUCACAGACAUGGAUGAUGUGACUCAGGUCUACAAGAAAGCGCUGGAGAUCUGCAACAAGCUCAACUAGCUCAGUGGGCGCAGGGGUCGGGUUAGGGGCAGGGACCAGGGAGGAAGAAGGGCAGUGACUUGUGUUUACAGGCUGGGUCCCUCUUUGCUGGCCAUGGCAGUAGAUUGAGAAAGGAUUGGUGGCAUCUGGCUCAAGCCAAGCUUGUUGCCUUGAGUCAGCACCUAAAAGGGAGAAGUGGGCUCACUGCCAGUUCUGCCAUGUUGUUUUGGGAGAGUCAGAAUUGGAGUCCUCUGUGCCAUUUGCUUUGUGGUACCUUCUGGAGAACCCGCAGUUCUGGGGUGUCCGGUGCUGGCCAGAACCUACUGGGUUGGGAGGGAGCAU